AUGUCUUUCCAGAAGCCUGAGAAGGAGUUCGGCGAGGGCCCUAAGGUCCACAAGAUCCGUAUCACCCUCACCUCUCGCAAGGUCGCCUCCCUCGAGAAGGUGUGCUCUGAGCUGAUCGACCGUGCCCGCUCCAAGUCCCUCCAGGUCAAGGGCCCUGUCCGUCUGCCCACCAAGACCCUCCACAUCUCCACCCGUAAGACCCCUUGCGGUGAGGGUUCCAAGACCUGGGACAAGUACGAGAUGCGCAUCCACAAGCGUCUCAUCGACCUCCUCGCCCCCACUGAGACUGUCAAGCAGAUCAUCAUCAACAUCGAGGCUGGUGUUGAGGUUGAGGUUACCAUUGCCGCCUAG